AUGGAAGGAAAUAACCUACCCUCUGGAAGCUUGAUGCAAGGAACACCUUACGGUAAUUUGGACUUGCAUCAUCACAGCCAUAUGCAAAUGCCUGCACCAAGCUCAGGAAACCAGGCUUUCAACCACUCUCAGAUGCCCGCAAAUUUCCCCAUUUGUCUGAACCAGGUUACAGAUUCAGAUCAGCUGCCUGAAUUCCAAUUUGGAGAGCACGGCAAGGUCAGUCACCACCAUCACCAUCACCAUCACCAGCAGCACGCAAAGAAUAGCAUGAGUGAUGAUGAGGAGCAUGGUGUGCAUGAGGAUGCCACUGAUAGCCAGACCGGCAAGGGAAAGAAGGGUUCUGCAUGGCAUCGGAUGAAGUGGACUGAUUUGAUGGUUAGGCUUUUAAUUACUGCUGCAUCCUACACUGGGGAGGAUCCAGGAGCUGAUUCAGGAGGUGGUAGGAGAAGCUGUGCAAUGAUGCAGAAGAAAGGCAAGUGGAAGGCUAUAUCGAAAGUCAUGGGCGAGCGAGGCUGCCUCGUGUCGCCGCAGCAGUGUGAGGAUAAGUUCAAUGACCUAAAUAAGAGGUAUAAAAGGCUUACUGAUAUCCUUGGUCUGGGUACUACUUGCAGAGUUGUGGCGAAUCCAGAACUUCUGGAUGGCAUGACUAAUCUCUCAGAUAAGAUGAAAGAUGACGCGAGGAAGAUAUUGAGCUCUAAGCACUUGUUCUAUGAAGAGAUGUGCUCCUAUCACAACAAUAAUCGGAUCAGUUUACCUGAAGAUCCUGCACUUCAGCGUUCGUUGCAGCUUGCUCUUAAGUGUAAAGAUGAGCAUGAUGCAAGGAAGAGAGCAAGUGGAGAUGCUGAUGAAGACGAUCAAAGUGCGGACACUGAUUAUGAGGAAGAGAAUGAUGAUGAGCAUCCCAUUGUGCAUGUCAAUAAGGGGACCCUACCCAUGCAUAAAAGAAUGCGGUACAUGGCUGCGGAUAUGGAGGAUGCAGGUUUCGGCAACUCUUCCAGCUCACAUGACUAUAGCAGGAGAUCUGACCCCCAUAGCAUUACAGUGGACAUCAACAAAGCUUUUCCAGAUGGAACUAACUUGGCUUUGGUGCAAAAAGACUUGGCUACACAGUCUGCGGAGAUUGAGAAACAGCGCAUGGAAAUUGAAGUUGAGGCAUUGGAGCUUGCAAAGCAACGUCUCAAGUGGGAGGUAUUUAGUAAGAAGAAGGACAGAGAGAUAGAGAAGAUGAGGUUGGAAAAUGAACAAAUGAAGAUUGAGAAUAGACGUUUGGAGCUAGAGGUAAGAGACAAGGAGUUGGAGCUUGAACGCAAGUUACAAGGCCAUGGCAGUCAUGCAAUGACAUGA